UUUUAUCAUUUUCAUAAUAUUUACAUAAUAAUCAAAUUUUAGAUUCAUAAUUCAUUUACAUCUUGAAAUACACAGAAGAAAGAGUCGUUACUGGUGGUAUAGGAAGUUAUAUAAAAUUAUGGCGAAAAUUUUUCAUUACUCUAUUUCUUCUACCGUACUAGCAGUUUUAUUGACCACAUGCGUAUUAGUUUUCUCUCGAGCGGUCAGGUCAGAAGUACAAAAAUGGAGUGAUAUAGGCAUGAAUGGUACCACCCCCAAAUUAGGUUUCAUUCCAAUGCCAGAAAACAACGAAAGUACUCUUAUAUGGGUACAAGGAACUAAUCGAACAAAUACCAAAAAUUGGUCCUCAAGAAUUCAAUCCUCUUUAGAAACCUAUUAUUAUGAAAAAAAAUAUGUGUCAAGAAAAAGUUGUUCUUACAUUGAUCCUCCCAAAUCAGGUGAAGUUUGUAAUAUCGAUAUUAGAGAGUGGGGGCCCUGCAACCAAGAACGUUAUUAUAACUAUCACAUGAAUGCACCAUGUAUAUUCCUAAAACUCAAUAAGAUACAAGGAUGGGUGCCAGAGUACUACAAUGAUACGAAUAAUCUUCCAGAAGACAUGCCACAACAACUGAAAGACCUCAUAAAAUACAACAUAACACGGCCUGAAGAGAGGAAUAAUAUUUGGAUUUCUUGUACUGGGGAAACAUCAGCCGAUAUGGAAUAUUUAGGACCUAUCAAAUAUUAUCCUUCUCAUCAAGGAUUUCCAGGAUACUAUUUCCCAUAUACGAACUCGAAAGACUACUUUAGUCCUUUGAUUGCCGUGCAUUUCAAAAGACCAGCUUCCGGAGUGGUGUUGAAUAUUGAAUGUAGAGCAUGGGCCAAAAACAUCAAAUAUAACAAAGAUGAUAAGAGUGGAUUUGUUCAUUUCGAGCUAUAUAUAGAGUAAAACAAUUGAUGAACAUUUCAGACAUAAAUAUAAGUUAAAUAUAUGUAGUACCUAAUAUUAUGAUGAAUUUAA